GUUCGACUUCAUUUGGUUUCAGUAUACCGUCCAUGUUCCACCGCCGCAUUAUAAAUAAACCCCAACGGGCAAUGGAAAACUACCACGGCCCCUCAUUUUCAAGAUGAGUUCCGAGUACUCGACCGACGACGACGCGCCGCCGCCGCCGCUGCCCACACAGCCUUCCGCCACAGACCUGCCGCCAUCCAUCAGCACCGGCUCGUCGCUCUUGGCAUCGUUGGUCAAGGCCAAGCCGGCGCCGCUGAGUGAUGCAAGUGAAUCGUCCGACGACGACGACGACGACGACCCGCGGUCCCAUGCCCCUUCCGAAGACGAUGACGACAUGGACGAAGACGAGCUCGAGCAACUGCUCGUCAAGCAGGAACAGCAGGCGUCGCUUCGCAAUGCUGCCGCGGCCGACACCCACGCUGCCGACGACGACGACGACAACCUCCGCAAGGAACCCAAGGCAACGCUGUCGUCCACGGUGUGCGAGGUGUGCCAGGAAGACACGUCCAACGCCAAGCGCGCGCUCGUGUGCGCGCAAUGCGGCGUGCGGUUCCACCCGACGUGCUUUCGUCAAAAGUACGCCAAGUUGAUCCAAACGAAUCACUUGAAGAAAUGGUUUUGUCCCGACUGCGAGCCCAUCAAGAAGAUCGUGGUCACGCCCAAGGGCAAGGGAAAGGCCGCGGGGCGGCGUCCGCCGUCGUCCGACCCUCGAGCGACCCCUCCGUCCCGCAGCAAACCAUCCGGCAGUGCCGCUGCCGCCGCUUCGUCCUCGACGCCGAAAGCCACCGACGAGUCGUACGCCAGGUUGGUCGAAGUCGCGUUAAAAGCUGGGCGCAAGUUCAACGGCCUCGUGUUGGAAAAGGGCGAGGAACUGCUCACGUUAGCUCAAUCCCUCAAGCACGACGUGGAGCAGCACUUGGGUCCAUCAUGUACUUCGUUAAAAGCCCAUCACUCUCAGCACCAUCACUCUCGAAACGACGCCACGAAUGACACGAAUCCCGACCACAUAUCGAUCUCGGAGGAAGCUUCAUCGGACCAUCUCGUGCUCUUGCGCAAGUUGGCGGCAGGGCUGAGUCAAGUAGAAAGCCUCGUGUACACACUGCAGUACCACGCCGUGCAGACCGAAGUAGACCUGAUAAAAGACGUCAAGUACCCGCCCAACCUGGAGCAACGGACCCUCGAACGAGAAGCGAAGGAGAUGCAUAAAGCCAAACUAAAAGUUAAAACGGGAGGCGGCGCGUCGCGGCUGUACUCGUCGGCCCAAAUCGCCAAGCUAGAGGACUGGUACGCCAAGAGCAGCCGCCCCGAAAGCUCCGAGAUCCACGCCAUGUACCGAAUCAUCAACUCCCCCGCGUACGCCGACGCCGACCUCCAGCCCGAAGGGAUUGCCGUCAAGCAGAUCCGCAUCUGGUUUGACAACCGACGCGCCAAGGAACGACUUGAUUACAUGCGAAUCAAAAUGAAGGACGUGGACACGUCUGGCCUGGAUUCGGAAAGCGUCAAGAAGAUGAAGGCGGGGUACAUUGACGAAGCCAAGGAAGUGCUCGAGGGGCGCGUGGCCAAAAUGCGCGAAACGAGUUCCGGCGCCAUGGACAUCAUGGAGGAGGCCGAGCAGCUCAUUGGCGACACGCCCGCGUCGGAGGACCUCGCACCUCCGCCCCCUCUUCCAUCCCAUCAUCAUCCGUACUCUAUCGCAGCUAUCACGACCAGCACCAGUCUAUCGUCCCCAGAGAAGAAACCUGUCAAAGCCAAGCAGCGUCUGCGGAUGGACCAUGUGGCGUCCGUGCGCAAAGCAGUCAAGAUGGCGCGGGAGGCUGGGCUCAGUGAGGACGAAAUCAAAGACGAACGCAGUCGUGCUAUUCAAUUGGCGCGGGAUCGCCUGUACAUGAACGGCAAGCCGUUGGGGCCGCACCCUCUCAAUAAGGACCAAGUGACUCAUUUGAAGCUGACGCUGCUCAAGCUAGUUGAAGACGACGCUGCCCCCGAGUGUGUGAUGGAUAUAUUGGAGCUGCUGCUGUCGGUGGAGCUGCCGGUGCCCGUGCUACUCGACACCCGACUGGACCGACAGCUGCGACUCGUAGCCAAGGCUCACCAGCACAACAAGGAUGUGGUGCGCCUUGCCUCGAAACUGAGCGAGGUUAUCCAGGCUACUACAGACGCCUACUAUCAAGCUAGUAGUUGCCACCACGUCGAGUUCUCACUCGACCAGGUCGAAACACUCGAGCGCGCGUUCCACGAGAACGACUCGCCAGACCAAGAUACGUUGGUGCAGCUGGCGUCGACGCUGAACGAAGGCGAUCCACUCGACUACAAGCACGUGCGAAGCUGGUUUUACAAGCGCAAGGCGGCCGGCCAUCCGCUCCCAGAUGGACAUGUUAGCGAUCAUGGAGACAUGGGGGAGCACGACGACAUGGACGACGACGACAUGGGUGACGACGACCUGGACGACGACGACAAGGGGCAUGCGACUAGUACUAGUAGUAUUACUAGCGCGGCGAAACCGGGCAAGUCGAAUGGACGCAUCUUCAAUGACAAGCAGGUGGAGCGGAUGAGCGCGCUGUUCGAAUCCACGGCGCGGCCGCCCAACCCCGUGAUGGACCAGCUGCAGGACCAGCUUAAUGCGGAAGGCGACGGCGGCAUCACCAAGAGACAGCUCAAGACAUGGUUCUCAAACAAGAGAGCCAAGGAUCGCCUUGAGUUUGUCAAAGCCCGCGUGAAGGAAGCGCAGGCGGCCGGCGCGGAUGAUCUGGACGCGGUCAAGGAAGCGGCCGACUUGGAGUACCGUCAAAUGCACAAGGAAGGCAAGGACGAAGCUGGCUCGGAGGAUAAUGAUGACUCUGACGGCGAUGACGUGGCAGCAGGAUUGAAGCGCAAGAAGGGCGGCGCAAAGACCCACCCGCCCGCCAAGAAGCGCGCCAAGCGUUCAACAUGAAGAUGGAACCAUGCUUGAAUUAGUAGUUAUUGCUCUAUAAAUAGGCGCGUUCGUACUGUAGUACUGGUAAUAUCCAACUAUACUAGUACAAUU